AUGGAAAAAGCCGACACUGUGAGGAAAUCCUCAGAUGAGGAUGAAAACGUUGGUUUGCUCGAUUCCUCCACUCCCCUUGAAUCCCGAUGGACAGCAGCUUCGUUGACGCACCCCAAAUUAACCACAAUUGUCCUAUCAAUCACAAAUGGAGUAACAAUAGCGAUUCUAUUAUGCUUCAUUUUUACCUCGAGCUCCGCAGAUUCCAGCGACAAGAAGCCAACGACAGUGAUUUAUCCACCACAGCCGGAGUGGUUCCCGCCGCAAAUCCCUGUCACCAAGAUAUUGCAAGGCGAUAAGUUGUAUGGACAGCCCCCCAAUCCCGAAAGUAUCGAGGCUUGGAAUAAACUGUUACCAGUUGGAAGGGGUUGGGUUGCUGUGAAGAAUAAAACAGCUCUACCGGACCUACCAGGGCUAAACCAGUCACUUCCGGAGCAUAAGGCAUUCCCUUCGGUUUUCCACCAGCUUCAUUGCCUCUACAGCACCAUGGACAGUUACUACACUCUCCUGAAUCGAGUAAACAAAGGAGAGGCGGCUGAGGCAAGAAAACGAGAGCUACCCAAGGACCCCGGAUGGAAUACCGAGCACCUCAACCACUGCUGGGACUACUUACGCCAGACCAUUAUGUGCAACGCUGAUGUUACUCUCGAGUGGCGCAAGUACAACGAAGAGGUUGGCACGGGAUGGGGCUACCAGCACCAGUGUAAGGAUUGGGACGCUAUCAUCUCUUGGGCCGAAAAGUAUAGAUUUGCCAAUGAUUGGGGUAUUUUGAGAGGGGGCGGUGAGAGGAUCCCUCUCUCAUGA